AUGCGCGCCCUCCAAUUCACGACACUCCUCACCCUCCUCGCAUCCGCGUCGGCAUUCUAUCUCCCAGGAGUAGCACCCAAAGACUACCGCAAGGAAGCGCCAGUGGAAUUGGCUGUGAACGUCCUUACCUCUGCCGACACACUCCUGCCGUACGACUAUUAUUAUGAGAAAUUUCAUCAUGUAAAGCCAGAGACCGAGGAGAAUAAGCGGGAGAGUUUGGGGAGUAUAUUGUUUGGGGAUCGGUUGCAUAACUCUGCGUUCAAGUUGAAAAUGUUGAUCAAUGAGACAUGUCAACUGUUGGGUGAAGUGACCGUCCCGGCCGCUGAUGCAAAGUUUAUUAACCUCAGAAUAAAAGAACAGUACCAGCACAACUGGUACGUGGACGGUCUCCCCGCUGCAUCUCUUGUCACAUACUCCGACGACGACUCGGACGAAGACAAGUACUACAGCAUUGGGUUUGAUAUGGGGCAAUACGACCAUGAUGCGGCAAACCCCACAAUGUACUUGAACAAUCAUUAUGACAUCCAUAUCAGAUAUCAUUCGGAUGAAAAGAAUGACUUGUAUCGAGUUGUUGGGAUUCUUGUGUGGCCUUACAGUGUCAAGAGCUGGCCUGAUAAGAGCGAUUGUAUACCUGACCCAAAGCAAAUUCCAACGAUGCAGUUGAGCGAGACGGCGGAGACAAAGGUUCGGUACACGUAUAAUGUGUUUUGGGAGUGGUCGUCUGUAUCAUGGGGCACGCGGUGGGACCACUACCUGUACACCCUCGACCCUCAGAUUCACUGGUUCAGCAUCGUCAACUCGAUCGUCAUUGUAUUUAUGCUCACGGGGAUGAUUGGUAUGAUCCUCCUCCGGGCGCUCCACAAGGAUAUUGCGCGGUACAACACGUUUGGAGACGAAGAUGGGGGCCAGGAAGACUUUGGAUGGAAGCUUGUCCAUGCAGAUGUGUUUAGGCCUCCUACCCACCGUAUGCUCUUGUCGGUUUUGUUGGGUAAUGGAGCACAAUUGCUCUGUAUGACCGGAAUUACCCUUGUAUUCGCCGUUCUUGGUUUCUUGUCACCUUCUUCUCGCGGAUCCUUGUCGACCGUAGCCCUCAUCUUUUAUGUCUGCUUUGCUUCCGUGGCUGGAUACGUUUCUGCGAGGGUGUACAAGAUGCUUCAAGGAGAGUACUGGAGGCGAAAUGUCGUCAUGACAGCUACUCUUGUUCCAGGGUACGUUUAUCUUCGCUUCCGGACAAUUCGCAAUCUGACACAUUUGAUUUAG